AUGCUCUGUCUGAAGUCCAAGGCAUCAACGAGACCCUCCUCAUUGUCAGGUGCGUGCUUGUUGGUGAGCAGGUACCUCAGGCUUGUUGUUGGUGCGUGCCUGCUGAUAACCGAGAGCCUCAGGGGAGCAGGCAGUGGUGAUAGUGGUGCUGUAUGUGCACAGGAGGGAAGAGUACCUAUGAGUGGCGUUAAAUGCUCUCGGCCGGGGUCUUCCCUUCCUGCAGUCGACGCCCUCGUCCGCUCAAUCACCUUCUGCCCUGUCAAGCAGAUCUACUCCCCACUCUCCCACAUCUCCACGUCUCUACCUUCCCCUCUCCCUGCACUGCACCUCCUGAUUGUCUCCUUCCCUCCCUCUCCCCCCUUUGUGCACGCAUCUUCCCCCCUCCCUCUCCGCCCCUUGUGCACGCAUCUUCCCCCCUCCCUCUCUGCCCCUUGUGCACGCAUCUUCCCCCCUCCCUCUCCGCCCCUUGUGCACGCAUCUUCCCCCCUCCCUCUCACCAGCCACGAUGGGUUCUUCCCAGCAGUUGACUCGCUCAUCCGUGCAAUCACAUUCUGCCACCCACGACGGUCUUCCCUCCCUGCUGCAGUCGACGCCCUCGUCCGCUCAAUCACCUUCUGCCCUGUCAAGCAGAUCUACUUCCCCCUCUCCCACCUCUCCACGUCGCUACCUUCCCCUCUCCCUGCACCUCCUAAUGGUCUCCUUCCCUCCCUCUCCGCCCCUUCUGCACUCAUCUCCCCCCACCCCCUCUCAACAGUCAUGACGGGUUCUUCCCUGCAGUCGACGCCCUCCCAUGACGGGUUCUUCCCUGCAGUCGACGCCCUCAUCCGCUCAAUCACCUUCUGCCCUGUCAAGCAGAUCUACUUCCCCCUCUCGCUGCACCUCCAAAACGGCUCCUUCCCCAACCGCUCCCCCUUAGACUGCCCUUCUAGCAGCAGCUUUAAAGGCCGCAGGGAUGGGCAGCAAGAGGAGGGGCAGAGAAAAGGGCAGAAAAACGGGCAGGGAAAUGGGCAGAAGGAGGGGCUGGAAAACGGGCAGGAGGAGGGGCAGAAGGAGGAGAGGAAAGAGGAGGGAGCGUGUUUUGGAGACGUGGACCAGAAUGGGCGGUACAGGGAUCCACACUUCGUGGCGUUAAAGCACCACUGGUGGUGGAUGCAGAACACGGUGUGGGACAGCCUUUCCGAAACCAAUACCUUUACCGGCCACAUGCUCUUUAUCGAAGAGGACCACCUGCUCUUCCCCAACGCUCUUGCCCAUCUGACCGCCCUCAUACAUGUGAAGAACACGCGGUGCCCCGAGUGUGUGGCGGUCACGCUCGCGCCGUCGAACGUGAAAUCCCGAGGGGAGAAUGGGCUGAGGGCGUUUGUGCGCGAGAGGAUGGGGAACGUGGGGUAUGCUUUCAAUCGAAGUGUGUGGGAGCAGAUUCAGAAGUCCCACAAGCUUGCCAAUCUGGCCGCCCUCAUUCGUGUGAAGAACGCGCGGUGCCCCGAGUGCGUGGCGGUCACGCUCGCCCCUUCGAACGUGCUGUCGAGAUGGGAGAGCGGUCUGUGGGCGUUUGUGCGCGAGAGGAUGGGGAAUGUGGGGUAUGCGUUCAAUAAGAGCGUGUGGGAACAGAUUCAGAAAUCCCACAAGGUGAGAUGA